AUGGCGUCACCCCUCGCCCAGACUCUCUGGGAUGCCCGGAUCCCGCUGCACAUCACCCACGCCUCGCCCUCGUCGUCGGCGCCGCCCUCGAUGGCGACGACGGUCCCGCGCUUCAGCUACCUGGCCCUGCUGCUGCCCCGGCUGGCCGCCUUCUUUGGCGCGCCCUGCUCCAGCUUCCACUUCGAGGGUGUCCAGCUGCGCAACCUGGCCGCAGGCCUGCUCUUGGACCUGUACCGUCCCGAAUUGCCUUGGCGAUUGACUGUCGGCGGCGGGGUGGCGUGGGACAUUGCCGACACUUUCCUGAACUGCGUCAAGGAGGCCGACUUCAUCCGCAACGGCAACGCCAACCAAAUCAUGAAAAUGUCAAAGGACCACACCACCCAGCUCUGGAACGCCGUCAUCGACAACAACUACCCUGCCUACGCAAAAGUCCACGCCCGCCUCCUCGACGCCCCAACAGCCCUCAAGCACGUCCCCAUCCGCGUCUACAUCCCCUCGCGGCCCCCACCUGGCGCUCCGGACCCGGACCCAGGCUCCUUCAAGGUCGUCCAGUCGCUGGUACCCGUUGCGUCGCCCAACCGCAAGCCCAGGCUGCUCGGCCAGGCCCUCAAGCACAUGAUGCCCCAGCUGUUUCCCAGCAGCCGCGACCCUGUCCUGGCCAGCGCCAUCUUGCACGGCGCCGCGGCCCCCUUCGAGGCGCCUCUGGGCGAGCUGAUGAGGGAGGCGGCGUACCCGGAUGGCUGGCUCUGCUUCGUGGUUGUUGUUUAG